UCUUUCAUACUCUCUCCCUCCCUCUCUCCCUGUCAGUGUCAUUCUGUAGUGGAGAUGUGGAGUGUCCUUCUGUCUCUCUGUCUGUUUUUCCAGCCUAACUCAGCUGAGGAAGUGAUGCUGCUGGACACAACAGAGUCUACCUCAGAGCUGGGCUGGAUCACCUAUCCAGAUACAGGGUGGGAUGAGGUCAGCGUCCUAGAUGACCGAGGGAAGCUCAUACGAACCUUUGAAGUCUGCAAUGUCAACCAAAAUCCCCGUCAGCAGGACAACUGGUUGGCUACUCCUUUCCUGUACCGCCACUCGGCUCCACGGGUGUUUGUCACGUUGCGUUUCUCUGUGCGAGACUGCGCGAGCCUGCGUUCACCGUCGCCCACCUGCAGGGAGACACUCACUCUAUACUACAAGCAGGCCGACUCCCAGAGGGAGCUGGAGAGGACCUGGGUAGCUGAGCCAUCGAGUGGGGAGAGGGAGACCAGGGAGGGCUGGGUAAAGAUUGACACCAUCGCAGCCGAUAAGAGUUUUUCCAAGGUGGAGCCCAGCUCACCUCACCAGUAUCAGCCCAACAGAUACAGCCGUAUCAACAUUAAAACACGCAGCUUUGCCCCCCUCACACGCAAAGGAUUUGUCUUGGCCAUCGUCGACAGCGGAGCUUGCGUUUCCCUCAUGGGGGUGUCUAUCUUCUACCGCCGCUGUCCAGCCACAAGCCUCUACCUAGCUUCGUAUCCACCGACUCCCUCGGGUGCCGAGCCAACAGCUUUAGUGCCUGUGACCGGGACGUGUGUCCCUCACAGUAAGGCACAAGGAGACACGCCCCCUCGCAUGCACUGCAAUGCUGAAGGAGAGUGGAUGGUGCCCGUCGGUGGAUGCGUCUGUGAUGAAGGUUAUGAGCCGAACCUCAAUGGAUCUGCCUGUCUGGCCUGUCCCGUGGGCUACUUUAAGUCCAUUUCAGGCUCUAUUCCCUGCACUGUGUGCCCAUCCAACAGCCGAACCAGCCAUGAGGGAUCGAGUGUGUGUGAAUGUCGCAGCGGCUUUUACCGGGCCGCCAGCGAUGCCAACUCUUCUGCCUGCACAACUCCUCCGUCUGCUCCAGUCUCUCUGACCUGGGAGUAUGAGAGCGGCGAUGGUGGGGUUUCCUUGAGGUGGCGCCCUCCGGUGGACAUGGGAGGCCGAAGUGAGGUGUGGUACGGGGUGGUGUGUCGCAUCUGUCCGUCACCGACCUUCACCAACUCGGCUUUGUGCUCUUGGUGUGGGGAGGGCGUCACCUUCAGCCCCUCCCAGACCAACCUGAAACAAACCAAGGUCACCCUCAACAACCUGCUGACCAGAGUCACGUAUCUCAUACAGGUGCAAGCCAUGAAUGAAGUGUCAGCUUUGAGUCCUUUUCCAGUUCGAUACUCAAGCAUCAAUUUCACUACGAGCCAGUCAGUUCCCAGUACCGUUCCUAUGAUGCACCAGCUGAGCCGGGCCCCGGACUCCAUCACUCUGUCGUGGCCUCAGCCAGACAGGCCUAAUGGAGACAUCCUGGAGUAUCAGCUCAGAUACUAUGACAAGGGUUCAGAUGUGGACAGCGCAUUGACUGUGUACAGUGAGACUAACACAGUGACCGUCAAGUCUCUGAUUCCCGGCUCCAUCUACGCCUUCCAGAUCAGAGCUCGGAAUGAGCGAGGCUACGGGCCCUACAGCAACACCAUCUACUUCACGACGCUGCCUCUAGAGGAGCAUUCACAGCAAAUCCAGACUCGGCUUCCUCUGCUGGUGGGCUCGGUCAUGGGUGGGGCGGCGUUUCUCCUUGUCGUGGCAGCCAUUGUGGUCGUGGUGGUAUUUCGCAGUAAGAGGAGGGAGAGUCCAUACAGUGACCGACUCCAGAGGUACAUCAGUAACAGAGGUGGAGUUAAGUAUUACGUUGACCCAUCCACUUAUGAGGACCCCAGUGAGGCGGUCAAAGAAUUUGCCCGUGAGAUCGACCCCACUCACCUCAAGAUCGAGGAGGUGAUUGGUGCAGCCCAAUUUGGUGAGGUUUCCCGCGGUCGAUACCGUCCGCUGGGUCGCAGGGAAGUGCUGGUAGCAGUGAAGACUCUGCGGUGGGGAGCGUCGGACAGAGAGAGGGGGAUGUUCCUCAGUGAAGCAGGAGUCCUGGGACAGUUUGACCACCCCAAUGUGCUGAAACUAGAGGGUGUUAUCACCCGUACCCCUCCAGAGAGGAUCGUCACUGAGUUCAUGGAGAACGGGCCCCUGGAUGCCUUCCUCAGGGAGAACGAAGGUCAGUUCAGUGUCCUCCAGCUUGUCGGGAUGCUCAGGGGAGUUGGAGCAGGGAUGCGUUACCUCUCUGAGAGAAACUUUGUUCACCGAGACCUGGCGGCCAGGAACGUGUUGGUUAACUCCAACCUGGUCUGUAAAGUGUCCGAUUUUGGCCUCUCCAGGCUUAUGAGGGGCUUGGACCACAACAUACCAACUUACACUGCCUCACUGGGCAGUAAGAUUCCUGUGAGGUGGACGGCACCUGAAGCAUUUCAGCAUCGCAAGUUCAGCUCAGCUAGUGAUGUCUGGAGCUUUGGAAUACUGAUGUGGGAAGUUAUGUCCUACGGAGAGCGUCCGUACUGGGACAUGAGCAAUCAAGAGGUGAUGAAGGCAGUAGCAGAUCAGUACCGUCUCCCGGCCCCCCACAACUGCCCCCCUGCCCUCCACUCUCUAAUGCUUCAGUGUUGGCAGGCCGACCGGGCAGACCGACCAGGUUUCGACUCAGUCCUGUCUUCUCUGGAUCGACUCAUCAGGCACCCCGCAUCCCUCAAAGCUGAGCCAACUCGAAGCUGCUCCCAGCCGCUGCUCAGCCCCACUCCCACAGACUUAUCGUCAGUGGCGACGGUCAGUGAUUGGCUGAAAGCGCUGAGGAUGGAGAGGUAUCAGGAUGAGUUUGAUCGAGCGCACCUGGACACGUUAGACAGAGUCAGCAAGCUUACGAUGGAAGACGUCCAGGAUCUCGGCGUGAACCUGCUGGGACACCAGAGGAAGAUCGUCAGCGCAGCCCAGCAGCUCAGGGCUCACCUGACACAGGGGCAGGUGGAGGUCUGAAACCUACCAGCAAUACAACCUGUGCCGUGGAUUUAUGGGCUUCACAUUCCUCUGCUUGUUGCGUCCAGUUUCCGCAACAUUUUAUUUGGAUGGUGCACAUUUUAACCAUAAAGAAGAGAGAGAGAGAGAGAGAGAAUCAGCUAACAGUGCCACUCUGUCUAUUCUGAUAUACCUGACACUGCAACCAGAAGCAGUGAGAAAAGACUUUCUCAGCCAGUCAUUCGAGACGACUAACAGAAGAGAGAUACACUACAAUUCACUACAGGAGCUGCGGUCCAACUCAAAGUGAGGCUAGAAAGUUGCUGACAGGGAGGACUUUAAAGAUUCCUCUAUGUUUUUCCACUAGAUUUCACUUUAUUGUUGUCUGCCUUCUCCUCUCCUCCCCCCUCUGCAGUCCAAACUCUCCCUUUCUCCUCCUCUGCUCACCUCGCCUGAAAUGCUUCCGUUUCCCCUGUGCUCAAUAAAACCACGAAAG